AUGCCGGUCAAUCGAACUCCACCAAAAGGUGGAGGCGAGUCAAAUCACGAACAACAAUCACAAGAACAACAACAACAGCAUAAAACACACCAACAAGCUGUCCUAUAUUCAAAAGUAUCCAAUAAUAAUAAUCAAACAACACUUCUACAAUCAAAUCAACAGCUACAACUGCAAGAAAAAUCAUUGCAAACCCAACAAAAACAACCACAACAGAACCAGCAAAUAGAGAAACAACAAAUGCAGCAGGAGUACCACAUAAAACUCCAACAAUCAAACCAUCAUCAACAUAAUUCACCAUCAAAACUCAUUCAGAAUUUGGAAAACUCUGAUAUUAACACCAGAACUGCAAACACAACGGAAGAUGCAAACACAAAUAAAAACAAUGGCUUCAACACGCCAGUAGUGAAUAAGAGAAUUCGUAGCUCCCUUGGUAAGCAAAUCAAUGGAAUAAGCGCCAAAAAGCACAAACAAAACAAAAAACAGUACACAUUAAACGAAUAUUUCUUAGCUACAAAUAGGUUUGCAGUUCUAGCAACUGAUAAUGAUAAAGAACCCACUAAAGAUAGCAAAACAACACAAAAUCAAACGGCUAAAAAUAAAAAACCACCACCCAUUUACGUGCAAAAAGUACAGCUGCUAGACAACCUAAUUAAAACAAGUCCAAUCUGUGUUAAAUGCUCCGAAGGACAUAAAACAAUUGACUGUCCCAUGAAAGGUAAGAACAACGUCGUUAAAUGCGCUCUCUGUAAAGAAAACCACACUGCAAACUACAAAGGUUGUACAGUUUAUAAAACUCUUCAAAUCAAACGAUUUCCAGCUCUUCGCGCAAAACAACAAAAAACCACAUCUCAAAAUAACGAAAUAUCUCUGCCAACUAAAGCUGUUACGAACCUAAUAACUACCACCCAACAAACCCAACAAAUCCAACCAGCUAAAACAUACGCCGAAAUAAUAAAAUCGCAUCCAACUCAACCCAUUCCAAUAAACAAUGAACCAAACAACUCCGAAUUUGUCGAACUCCAGCAAAUGAUGAAACAGCUUAUGACGCAAGUUACCAACGUUAUACAUAUUUUAACCAUCCUAAUCACCAAACUCGAUGGACAGAAAUAA